AGGAGGAUGUUGAAGCUACUGUUCCUUCUGAUCCUUUGGAUUCCACGCCAGAUUCUUUCCUAUGUGAAACAGAUCUGGUCACGCAAACGCUACCCACCGGGGCCUUUCCCACUUCCUGUGGUCGGAAGUCUGUGGCGAGUGCUGGGGACUGGCUAUACAGAGAGGACUUUCAGAAAGCUGGCAAAGCAUUAUGGGAACAUCUAUUCUCUGUGGGGAGGCAGUUUCCACAUUAUCAUUUUCUCUGGAUACCAAGCGGUGAAAGAAGCACUGAUUGAGACUUCAGAAGUCUUUGUUGAUCGCCCAGUGACACCUUUUCAUUCAGACAUCACCAAAAACAGGGGUAUUAUUUUUUCAAACGGUCACACCUGGAAACAACAAAGACGGUUUGGUGUUGUUACCAUGAAGAAGUUGGGACUGGGGAAAAGUGGCAUGGAAUCCCAAAUCCAAGAGGAAGCCCAACAGCUUGUGGAAUUCUUUGCAGAUAAAAAGGGGCAGCCGUUUGACCCCUCCCUUCCCAUCAUGAAAUCGGUCUGCAAUGUCAUCUGUGCUCAAGCUUUUGGACAUCGCUUUUCUGUUGAGGACAAAGACUUUGUGAAGCUAAUGGAAGCCAGUUUUAAUGUCUUGAAAUUUGGAGCCAGCAUCUAUUAUGUACUCUAUGAAAUUUUCCCACAUAUAAUGAAACAUCUGCCAGGCCCUCACCAGACUAUCUCAUCUUCUGUAGAGAUGAUUCUUUCAUUUGCAAAAAAGGAGAUCAAACAGCAUAAGGAAAACCCGAGCCUGCAUGAACCUCAAGAUUUAAUUGAUUUCUAUCUCUUUCAAAUGGAGAAAAGCAAGGAUGAUCCCAAUUCUACUUAUAAUGAAGACAACUUGACUCACUGCAUUAAUGACCUCUUUGUUGCUGGGACAGAUACAACUUCAGCUUCUCUACUAUGGGCGUUGCUUCUCAUGGCAACUCAUCUGGAUAUCCAAGAUAAAGUACACAAAGAGCUGGAAGGCUUUUUCAGUUCAUCUCACUCAAUCUCUUACAAAGAUCAGAAGGCACUACCUUACACCAAUGCCGUGAUUCAUGAGAUUAUGCGAAAUAAAUAUGCCUUAUUUUAUGGGCUGCCGAGACAAUGUGUGAAGGACGUCUAUCUGAGAGGUUUUCUCAUCCCCAAGGGAGCUGUUAUUGUUCCAGACAUCCGUUCUGUUCUUUCGGAUCGGGAACAUUGGGAGACCCCUGAAGAGUUCAACCCAAAUCAUUUUUUGGACAAAGAAGGGAAUUUUUUGUUAAAAGAAGCAUUUCUUCCAUUUGGAGCAGGAGUUCGGGCCUGCUUGGGAGAGCUCCUUGCAAAGACUGAGUUCUUCCACAUCUUUACCAGCCUGCUGUGGAGAUUUAGACUGGAGCUACCAGAAGGAGUGGAAAAGCUCAGUCAAGAGUGCAUACUAGGAGUGACUGUGCACCCUUCUCCUUACAAGAUUCGUGCUAUUCCUCGCACUAGAACACCAUAAUAUGGACAAACAAUGAGAGGCUUCCUUGUUAAAAUCC